GCGUUUACAUCAUCGGGGAGCGACGAAGGCAGGAGAGGGAGGGGUGUGUUGUGAGCACACCUUGGUGCUGGUGGGGGUGGCCUACGAAAGUGUCAUGGCUGCCGCCGCUGAGCUUAGUCGCGCGACCCUCGGUGACAGGAGCAUGGAGCGGAGCUGCAGCCCCAACCUCUCCCAAGAGGUGGUCUGCGAAGUCUUUCGCUCCUUGCAUACCCUUGCUGGACAACUUAACCUCAGAGAUGAUGUGGUGAAAAUUACAAUCGAUUGGAACAAGCUCCAGAGCCUCUCGGCAUUCCAGCCUGCUUUGCUCUUUAGUGCACUUGAGCAACACGUUUUAUAUUUACAGCCUUUUUUAGCAAAACUUCAGCCUCUAAUUAAAGAGGAGAAUACAGCAGUUGUUGAAGAGAUAGGAAAAACAGAAACAGGGAACAAGAAUGAAGUAAAUGCCAAAUUUCCCAUUGAUGACCUACAAGAGGAAGAAAAGCAAAAAGAUUGUGAUUUAGGAGAUAUGAAAAAGACACAGAUCCAUUUUGAUCCAGAAGUCGUUCAAAUAAAAGCUGGAAAAGCAGAAAUUGACAGACGAAUAUCUGCGUUUAUUGAAAGAAAGCAAGCUGAAAUCAAUGAAAACAACGUCAGGGAAUUUUGCAAUGUUAUUGAUUGUAAUCAAGAAAAUAGUUGUGCGAGAACUGAUGCCGUUUUUACUCCUUACCCUGGAUUUAAAAGUCAUGUAAAAGUUUCUAGAGUUGUGAAUACAUAUGGACCACAGACUAGACCUGAAGGAAUUCAAGGAUCAGGUCAUAAACCUAACAGCAUGCUCCGGGAUUGUGGUAAUCAGGCUGUAGAAGAACGACUGCAAAAUAUUGAGGCUCACUUGCGGUUGCAGACAGGUGGUCCAGUGCCAAGAGACAUUUAUCAGAGAAUUAAAAAACUUGAGGAUAAAAUCCUUGAAUUGGAAGGCAUCUCUCCUGAAUAUUUUCAAUCUGUGCCUCUGAAGGGCAGGAACUGUGUCUUACUAUCUUUGAACACAGAGUAUAGUUGGCAUUGAAUAAAUGUGUGAAUGAAUGGAUAGGACCUGGCUGAUAGUUCAUUUUUGGAUUUGUAAAGAUAAGUGAACUUGGUUCCAAAGCACUGACUAGAUGCAGUCUUUAAUCUAGUGGUAAGUCCUGGUUCUAAAGGGAAGUGUGGGGAGAAGGGCGCACUGAAGGCCACAUCAGCUUCAUGCACACAGGCCGUAUACAUGUGAAAGUCAUGGUGGGCCUGUAGCAUGAGGUGAACAAGUGGAUCCAGAUGGAAAAUUAAAUUGCAAACACAUUUUGGAGGGCCUUGAAGGACACACUAGCUCAUCUGCAGUUCAUUGUUGGAGCAUGGUUACGUUUUUGAGAAAGAGAAACCUGAAAUUUAGAUUCCUGUCUGGCAGCAUUGUGAAGUUGUGAGUUGGAGAGAGCUUGGAGUCUGGGAAAGCAGUUGAGGACACAUGGUCCGCAUGAGGGAGAAAUGAAGAUCCAUCAGGGCAGUGGGACUAGAAAGGAAGAAAAAUUUAUGGCACUGCGCCUGUAACCCUUUACAGUUAGUAAUCUUUUACAGUUGAUUAGAAGUUCACAAGGAAGGGUGCUGGUCAUGGAAGAGGCCUCCUUACCACUGAAUUUCCAUAGAGCAUGGGUUCCCUGGACCUCUGUGUGUUUAAUCAACUUUUUUUGGGGACACAGGCAUUAUAAAAGUAACUAUAAAUUACCUGCUAAGGUAAAAUAAUGGGAGAGUAGGGACAAUUUUAAUUGUCUCUGUCCAGCUGUUUAUUUAGUGUGCUGUGUUCUCACACAUUUUUCUCUCAGGUACCACAAGUUGCUAAAAUUUCCACUUUUUACAGUGACAUUUCCUUGUACGUAAAAGAAUAAAUGCUAAAGCUGGUCUAGAGUAUCCAUAACAGAUAUGUCUAAGUGUUCUGCUUGUCAAUAUAGUCUGCUCAGACCUAAAAUUAGCCCCUCAGACCACGUUUUACUGUUUUGAACCACUGAUGUCCCUGUUCUGAUACUUCUCACUUUGGUUUCAUGAUAUAGUAAUGAUCUGACUGUUCAAUGACAUGGGAACUGUCCAUAUUUUACAGAUUAAGCUGUUAGAAAAAACAAAGGUAAGUGUAUCUUUAUCAGAUGUGUAAAAGCCUACCUCUGGGGAAGGUAGGAGACUGAGCUGUGACCAAUUAAACAUUAAGCUCUUACCACCACAGGGAUCCAGCUCAGUUUGACAAAGGAAGGAGCCUGUUUAUAUAAGCACUUUCCCUCCCAUAUUUAAUAAUUCCAAAACUUAGUGAUUUCCCACUUACUAUAAACCACUGAUAAGAGGCAUUAUUAUGUCAGUAUUCUUUGAAAAGAGCUUUUGACACAAAGGAAAUGAGAAUUUUUACUUUCUCUUCUGAAUCUCAGUUGUCAGAAACGUCCACAAGAAAAUUUUGCCACCUAUGUUGACAGUUCCUUCGUCACAUGUACCAGUAUACUAAUUUGCCAUUCAAGAGCUUGUGGUUCUGUGAAACUAAGAACAAAGUCUGGAAAUAAUUCAUUAGGUCAGGGUUUAAAAAACUUUGUGCUGUUAUGAUUAGUUACCAGCUUCAAGUAACAGAAAUUUAAACUCAAACUGGUAUAAAUAGUAUGGAAAUAAUUUUAUGGGAAGUUCAACAGUAAUGCAGUCUUUAGGGUAAAUUGAUUUAUUGGGCUAAAUCAUAAUUGUUAAAGAACUGAGCUCUUUUCCCCCUCAACUCUGCCUGGGGUUGGCUUUUUUCCCUGGGCAGAUGGCAAGACAGGUGUCCUCUCCAGAUAACAGCAGUGUCCAGAACUGCAUCCUUUGAGGGCUUUCUCUUAGAAGUGAGGAAAGUUUUUUUCCAGAAGCUCUCCCCUUUCUCCCCAGCAGACUUCUCCUUAAUCAUUGGCCAGAAUUGGGAUGGUGCCCGUUUUAGCCACUGACAAAGACCCAGGGGUUGGGAUCAGUAUGCCGCUGAGUCACAUAGAAGAGCAGUAGGUAGCUGCUGACUCAGCAUCCACAGCAUCCAUUAUAGUUAGUCAAGGGGUGUUUGUGUGUGUGUGUGUGCACGCACACGUGCGCACUCUUCCACCCUAUUCCAGGCUUGGUUUUUCCAUGGCUAUUGCUGCUUCACUUGUUCAGUAUCCUGGGAUAGAAAUAUUCUAAGAAAGGAAACUGAGUAGAAAAUCCCCAGAGCGCCUCUUACUACCAUCAGCCUCAUUAGACGCUGGGAAUUAAUGGGAAAGUGUGUCUAGCGGGAUGAGCGUGUUGCUGUGAUGUAACCACUAUAUACUUUUAAUAUCGUCUUUGGAGGGUAACUUCCAAAGGGGAAGAAGACAGGUAACAGUUACCAAAAGUGCUAGGUGAGUCCAUGAGCUUUGUGUCUGUCAGGAUUCUCCUUAUUUUGUUCACUGUUCUAUGAAGGAAAUUUUUUUGGACUUUCUAAGCAUUGAUUACUUACUAGUUUUUUACUUUUA